AGACACGGCAGCCAUCCAAAGCCUAAGAGAUCAAUUGGGGAAGUGGCAGUGCGAGCUCUCCGAGCAGGAGGGCGUCUUCGAGUCCCUUCAGUCGGACGUCCUCCAGGCCAAAGAGGCGACGUCCCGUCUCACCGUCCUCCACCCGGACCGCAACCCCGAGAUGGAGCGCUACCAGGAACGAGCCAGUCAGGCGGCGGAGCGGUGGUGCGGUGUUAAAAAGCAGAUCGAAACGCGGCGGGCAGAGCUGCAGGGUAUUGCCUCGGUUCUGCAGCAGUACAGAGACGGACACUCGGAGCUGAUGACGUGGAUCCAAGAGACCACGCAGCGGCAGGAGAACACACCGGCUGGGACCACUGACAGCAAGGCGCUCUCCGAGCAACUGGCGCAGCAGACGGCUUUGGUCGCUGAGAUCGAAGACAACCAGACCAAACUCGAUGAUUGCCAGGCUCACUCCAAACAUUACUGCACCUCAGUCAAGGAUUACGAGCUUCAGCUGAUGACUUUCAGAGCCUUCGUGGAGUCCAUGCACAAGUCACUGGUGAAGAGGAGGAGGAUGCACUCUUCCUCUGACGCCAUCACUCAGGAGUUCAUGGACCUGCGCACACGCUACACAGCAUUGGUCACGUUGACUACGCAACAUGUCAAGUACAUCAGUGACGCCCUCAGACGACUGGAAGAAGAAGAA